UGGGCCACGUCGUCACAUGUGUGAGUGACGAAAAGGCUGAAUUUUUUUUAAUCUCACUCUGUGAAUGUUACUUGAAGCCCCUAUUAGCCUUCUCGUAUAGCUCCACCCUCUUUUGUCGAUGUAGCUGGUAGAAGCGUCAACAAGCUAUGAAACUCUCUCGUGCUGUGAAAUUACAGACGGGAUUGUAGCUAAAAUUAAAAAAUUAUAUUCAUAAUUUGCUUAUGUUUACGUCACCACAUAUAUUGGAGUGACGAAAUGACUUAAGAACCCCUUAACCCCCUCUGCUCCUCCCUAGACCCAAAACAAUAUCAUGGUUUUCUAUCACGUACACCGUACACGGGAACCCGAGGGUGGAAAAGCCAGGACAGGUGGUCGAGGGCGGCCUGCUGUCAAGUAAAUCCGGGUUUUUUAGCAGUCGUUCCCGCUUGACGCGAACACGACACGGCACCUGUGAGCAAACAGAAGGAUAUCCCUGUGGGUUUCGUACCCGGAGCCAUUCCCACAUCGCCUAGGUCUCCACUUACCAGCGGCAUCCUGCGCUCAUCAUCGAACGUGUACACAGGUCAUGCAUACCAAGUCCAAACUAAUUUGAGAUAACAUUCACGAUUCUCCAUCAUUCUACCCGUACCGGAUGGUAACAUAAACUACUCAUGAAUGACGAAUUAAUAAAUAUGUUCUGGAAACUAACUGGACUACUAAAUUUGGGAUUGGAAUACAUCUAUCCAUUGUUGAUCGUGUGGGAGUGAACGUAUAAUCAGGCCAGUGAAGGUCUGAGCUAGCCAUAUACCCGUGAAUCUGAACUCACUGACCGCUGCUGUACGUGGAGGUGCUCCAACAUCGUUGAAGGUAGCAAAUAUUUGACAUCAUUAACCUGACUUUUUUUAUAUAAAAACAUGGCUCUACGACAAGCUGUGAGGAAUGUAUCCGUGAUUCUCUUCGUCAUCGUGAUCAAAUGCCAGACCUCGUCGUCGAGAGCUGACGACGAUGACGACGGUAAUUCAUCCAAAGAGUACAGCGAACCCUUGACCAGAUCGUCGUCGGCAUCAAGAGCCCUGUUUAGUACAGUAGCUACCAUGAAGCCGCCCAUGCGGAGAGCACCAAGAGGGCUGAACAGCAACAGAAAUGACGUCUAUAUAAGCGAAAGGGUUUGUGGAGAUGACGGGGUUUUCUAUGACAAUAUAUCAGAAUUGAACAAAGCUGGCGCUAAGCUGCUGUUGGAAAUAUUUUGUGAAUCUGGUUGUUUAAUACCUCAAGAAAAUCCAUGCUCGAGCUCGGUACCAGUUUGCACGGGUCCUCCUGAAAACCGCAGAGUCUAUGAGAACGAAUGCGAGCUCCGAAGGAUUAACUGUGAAAGACUUGAAAACCGUCUCCCGCCAAUACGACAAGUUGAUCCAAGUUUAUGUGGACUAGAAAGUUGUGGACAACCCAUACCGAGCCCCUGCCCUACCAAGGUACCUGUGUGCGCGGGUCAUGGGGACAACUACACGAUCUAUGAAGAUAUGUGCCAUGUCGACCAAACAAGAUGUAACCGAAAGGGAAACGGUCUCAGACCAAUAAUUAGUGAAAAAAUCGGCCGUUGUCAAGUAGAAGUAAAUGAAAGCCAACUGACCUGUCACGAUAUUCUCCGGGGCAAGUGCCCAAGGGGAACCUUCGGGAAACAGGUUUGUGACAUCACGAUCACCACGACAAAUAAGGUCGUGACAAAAACCUUUCGGAAUAUUUGCAGAGCGUUACACAAGCGAUGCAAGAAGAUGGACGACACGUGCUAUUCAAUCGAAGGCAACUGUAGAUCUCACGAAGGUAAAUACAACGUCACGAAUUACCCUCCGAGGCAAGAUUGCUCAAGGUACAUCCGACAUAGCUUUCCAAUGGUGGAUGUCGGUAGAGCCUGUUACCAUAUGCCUGCGGCGGCAGCAGCAGCAGCAAGUAAACGGUACUGCAGGUGUGAUUCUGGAGCUCCCUACAGUGCACCGACAAUGCCAGAAUACCCAGCAGCAAUGGUACCGUCUUCGCUACUCAGUGAUAUAACUCAAACUCUUCAAUAAACCAUUAUGGACCUAUACAUCCCCACCUCUGAUGGAAGGUUCAUGAUAAAACCGAUUGCGAUAUCAUUGAUAGAGGGUAUGUAUUUACCUGUGCAGGGUAGACAAGGAAGAGCUUACGGACUCACUACUCUUCGAGUACACCCUACAUGAUGAAGGCCUAAUCAGUUCUGAGGCCGAGUGCCUGGGUUGAUGGCAGGACAUUCUAUUUUGAUAGUCUGUAUGACGCUUUGACCAACUCUUAAGAAGACGUUGGCCAUGAAGACAGUUAUCAGUAACGCUUGCUCAUCAUGAUAGUAACCUGAAAAGAGGCGGUAAAAUGAGUAUGUUUUGGUUUGCCCGACAUGCCAUCCGAGAGAUGCAACCUUCGACAAUGAGUCGUAUCAGAGGGUCUAAGAGGUACUAUAUUGGCCUGCAUGCCUUCCUCGUGAGCAUUAAGUGCGGCAUGCACUGUUGUGUCGAAAGUGUUCAAGUCUAAAUUUCCAAGUUAUACGGUUCCAUAAGUUGAAUUUGAGGAAGACCAUGCCCGAGGUUAUACUGAACUUCUAGAAUACGGGCCAAAGUGUCAAACUUAUGCCACGGUUUAGAUCUCCAUUUUCUCUUUGCAUUAAAGGCAAUGAAACAUUUUAAUGUGCCUGCAGUGUGUAGUUAGUCUGGUCAUAUUUAUUUAGUCAAUAAACUAUAUUAUAAUCAUUUCCACAUACUUUUAAUACUAGUUUGAAUUGCAAAAUUCCUGUUAAACAGAAUAUCUACUAAGCUGUUUCUUUGGGUGCUGGAUGAAAACAUGUUGACAUCCGGGGUUGACAUGUAAAAUUUUAGUGUUUAGAAUAUAGGCCUUCGGGCCUCUAACUCCGUCGGUAUACGUGAAGUGAUUUUGAAAACCACUUUCGUAUGAUCAAGUGGGAACGAUAGCAAAGCGAUCUUUCAAAGUGGUUUCUUGAAUCGGUUUCCAGUAAACUGGUUUUAGAAAGCGUAAUGAGAACGGCCUCUAAGAGCAAGCAGCGAUUGCCUACAUCAUUAAUGGAUCUUUCCAUCAGCCUUGAAUUAUGAGUCUGUUUCUAUUCGAUUCAGCAAACACAUGGUAUUCAUGAAUUAUGUUAUAAGAUGAAAUUGGGCUAUUACAAACUAUGCAGCAAGGUGACCAUGGUGACGGGUCCUAUCGCCAAAAGUGUCUAUUUUAACAAAUGUAAAUGUAUAAAUCAAAAUUUCAAUGCAGAAAACUCACUCAAAAUCGUAAUUUGCUCGUGCAAAUGAAAUUUGGUAGCACCGCUUUCAAUAUUCUAACUCAAAUCUUCGUGCAUUAUGAACGUUGAGAUUGGUCUCAAAUGGAAGAGGAGAAUCAUGAU